UGUAGCAUUGAUUUCUCAUGGUAUCAAUCGGGAAAAACAACCGUUAAAAUUCUUUUUCGAUCCUAGAUUUUCAUCUCCAUACUUUUCUUUAAUGGAUAAUCAAUCUUUAGUUUCCGCUGCAUUAUCAUCGUCAUCAUUAAAAGGUUACAAGAAGAAGAAGAAGAAAUCAAAUUAUGAUAUUGAAGAAGCUUCUACUUCCGCUGCUAUAAUGAUCAGAAAUUUGGGAUUUUCUUGCUACAACGAUGAUGAAUUCCUAUUUGAUAGAGGUUUGAUAAGAAGGUUCACAAUUACUACUUGUCCUAUUACUAUUGGUUCCACUACUGAAGAUGUUUCUACUACAACAAGGCAUGGUGGUGCUUCUACUUCAACAACUACUUCUUUCACCUGUACAUCUUUUGCUUCUCCAAAAUUUUCAGAAUUCUUAAUUUUUUGUUGCUACCAACAUUGCUUGAGGCUUCAACUUUUAACAACUGGUGUUGUUACUUCGUCGAUUUGUGUAUAAGUGAUGCUGCAAUUACAGUUUUUUUGUUUCUACCGAUGGUGGGCUUGUGGCAAUGGGUGCUGCUAUUUCUUCACCAACUAACACUUCUAUUACUGCAUCCAGUGAUGCUGCAAAUUCUAAUACUGCUACUACUGCUGAUGUGUUACUGAACACAACAUUUAUGUUUAGUUUUCUUAUGUGAAGUCUUGUUUGUGUUGUCUGCAACUUUGUAUGAGUUUGCUGUCAAGAUUUUGCAGGAGUAAGUGUUUACUAUUUUUGCCAAACUUAUAGUGGUUGUCACUAAAGGUUUGAGUGGGGAUGUUAGAGUAUAAGAGAGUCUUGGUUAAAUAAUAGUCAAUUGUGUUUGACAGAAGUCUUGUUUGUGUUGUCGGAUGUAUGUGACUAACAGUGUAUCUGCUAAGUCUUUAAAUAUGUCUAAACAAG